CCCUCCCACCCCACUAAAAAACUCUCAUCAUCACUCCAUUCUUCACUUUCUUCAUUUCUCCCACUACACUUCACAUCUCUUUCUGUUCCUCCACAACACACAGGCCAUGGCAACAGAGAGCAAACGGAGCGGGCAUAUUCCGGCGUUCGGCGAGUGGGACAAGGCGGAUGGGCUCCCCAUCACCCAGUACUUCGAGUGCGCCAGGCAGGCAGGCCUCAUCCGCUACUCCGCCGAAUACGACCCCUACAUAACCGCCGCCGGGGAGGACCUCUACGCCGUCAAAAAUUUCCACCAACCACCGCCGCCGCGUCGCUCCGCCGCUUAUACUACUACUGUUCCUAUCAGAAAGGGGAAGGGGGGAGGCAAGAGUUGUCCCCAAUAUGCAAAGGGGCAGAAAAGGCCGGUUGGUGUUGAACCGGGGAAAACCCGGUCCGGUUCACAGAAGCAGUUCCAAGAACAAGUUAGUAUGAAAUCGAGAAGGGAUGUCACGUUUCAACAACGCCCUAAACCGGUAGAUGAGGAUCUCUACAAGAUCCCCCCGGAGCUCCUUCACCAAGGCAACCGGUGUAGAAGAAAGUGUUUGGAUUCUUUUCGAGAUGCCUUGCUCCUCCUUGUAUUGCAUGAAUGUUGUUGUAUGGGAAUUUCAGGAUGAGGGAAUGAGAACAAAAUUAGAACAAGAAAGGAGAUGAUCUCAUUAGUCACUUUACUCCACUUGAGCAAUGCCAUAUGCUAUUCUAUUAUAUUCUUACUUGUAUAUAUUAACCACACAAGUAAUAAAACAAAGUAUCUUAUAUUUUGAAUAGAA